AUGUUUCUUGUCUAUGCCGUAGCCGUCGUUGGGGUAUUGCUAGCAUACUAUUAUCUGCUAAAAGAUGACGACGACACGAAAGAUGAACCUCCAGGUCCCCGAGGUUUACCAAUAUUAGGAAAUUUGCUCGAUUUGGCUCGAGCUUCGGAUGACCUGACCAAAACUUUUGGCGUUUUAGGGGAGAAAUGGGGGGAAAUAUAUACGAUAAAAAUGGGGUCUAAAAAGACAGUCGUCGUAACGUCGAGGGAGUCCAUGCAAACGGUGCUUUCCCACGAGGGGGCUCAUGGCCGAGACAUGUGUGGUAUGUUCAAGGAUCGCUGUUGGGGUAAAAAUUUGGGACUCGCCAUGUCUGAGGGGGAAUUUUGGGAAAAAACGAAAACAUGGACGUUCAAGACUUUAAAGACGCUAGGAUUUGGCAAGUCAGCCGAAGUGGAACGUUACGUCCAAAAAUCUGCGGAACCAUUUUUUACCGAAAUUGACCAGAAAAUGGGGGACGGCGGUGCAGUCAAUAUCGAACAGCUCUUUAGCCCGACUGUUCUCUCCAUCUUGUGGCAAUUAAUCGUCGGCCGAAUUUCCAAAGAGGACGAACCCAUCAUUAAGGUUUUGGCUGACAAGGGUAACAAAUUGGUGACAAGUAGCGCCGUUAGUGUUGGACUAGGCCAUGCGUUUCCUAUUUUGAGAUACCUUUUCCCUAACUGGUCCGGGUAUAAUGUACAGAUGGAUUUUAACAAUACGUGUCAUCAGGUCGCCAGGAAUCUGUACGCUGAAUCCGAACAGAAACUAAGAUCAAUUCCUGACGCCAUACCAGCUACAAACAUGUUGGACGCCUUUGUCCAAAACAGUGCGAAUGAUCCGCACGAUAUAUUUCACUGUCUAAACUUCCAGUUGGUCUUCAUGGACCUCCUUGUCGCCGGGACGGAUACAACGAGCACUUUCAUGGAAGCCAGCGUUCUCUACCUCAUAACUAAUCCGGACGUUCAGGAGAAAGUGUAUCAGGAAAUAUUGCAUAUCGCACCUGACGGGAGACCACUCAAGUUUUCGGAUAGACAAGAUAUGCCCUACAUUCAAGCUUUCUUCCUCGAGACGCACAGACACGCCCGAACUUUGCAAAAUGCGUUGCCACGCCGCGCUCUGUGGGACAUAAAAUAUAAAAAUUAUACAAUUAAAAGGGACACCAUUAUCAUGAUGGAUAUGCGACUGUACUACCAGGAGAAGAAAAUUUGGGGCGAUCCAGAAGCAUUCAGACCGGAACGAUUCAUCAACGAAGGGGGCCAACUUGUUAAUGCGAACAGUAUAAUUUCCUUCUCGUUCGGAAAACGGGCCUGUCCGGGAGAAGUUCACUCCAAUAUUUUGACCUUUAUCCUCCUCACCUCGAUGUUGCAGCGAUACAAAAUCUCAAUUCCGGAAGGUGAACCCAAGCCGAAGUUGGACUUGAGGCAGGGCUUCUCCGUCAAACCGCACCCUUUCAGGGCUAGCUUCACUAAAAGGACUUAAUAAAUAUCGAUCUUUGAUUUCCUUCAUCUGUAGUUAUGUGAAAAAAAUUGUAAAUUUUUCUGAUGAAUGAUAAAUUGAUUUAACGGAAUAAAAUUAAAAGUAUGUAUGCCAAUAGAAAUUAUUGCAAAAUACUAUUAGUAUUUAAAAUAUGGGCAAGAGACUUUGAUUGUACGGGUACGGUUGAAAUAAAAAAUACAAAUUCUCCGACAAGAUACGAAUUUUUAAUCUUCAUUUUUUUAAAGUUUCAAUAAA